AUGGGAAGAGAUAACAUUUUAACGUUAGGCGUUUGGAAAAGCCAACUGCGCACUCGAGCAAGGCGGUUGAAAAUGACUCAAAGGCUCACAGGUGGAGGUCCAAGUUCCAAGCCGAUGACGGACUUCGAAGAAAUGGCUUUGUCGACAUUUGGCUCGGCCGCUGUAGAUGGGAUGCAAAAUGUGCAAAGCCUAGGUUUAACGCCAAUUGUGCAAACAGAUGAAUGCGAAAUUUCAUCACCCACGGGUAGUCCUCACCAAUUAUGCAGUCAGGUAGAUGCAAGCCCAAAUCCCGAACACCAUACAGCAAGUCCAUCGUCACCAUCUACGUAUCCUAGCUUGGAAAACCAGGAUGCUUCAACUUCGGUGCUAUCACGAAGUGCACGAAACAAGCUUAUCAGCACUUUGAUAGCUGAUAUUCCAAAAAGGAAUGCUGCUGAGGAAGAGAGGCGACGGGAGCAUCGGAAAAUGAUGCAGGCCAUUCAAGGCCUAACUAGUUCUAUAACAGAACUUAUAAAAUCGUUUACUAGUAAUAAAAAAUAAUAUCUAAAGUUUAAUUAAAAUUGAAAUAACG